AGGGACAGAGGUGGCCCCCAGGCCUGCGGUCGGCGCGGUCAGGGGAGGGACCAGCGGACUUCCCAGACUUUCAUCACUUGGGAUGUUUGCCUGCUGGAAGGUGAAGGAGAUCACGGACAGAGAGUGAGUAGCUAAUAAAGGGCGCGUGCAGCAUGGCUGUAACUGGGCUCAGACUGCUCACUGGUGCUCUAAGAAAGCCAGACGCCUGGCUCGGACUCUGGGGUGUGCUUCAAGGAACCUCUCCAGACAAACUCUGUGCUUCCUGGAAUCGAUACUUAUAUUUUUCUAGUUCCAAGUUAAACGCAUUAAAUUAUAAAACACUUUUCCGUAGCAUUUUUCCUCUGCGACUCCCAGGGCUGUUAGUAGCUCCAAAAUGUACUUUUCCAUUUUCCAUACGACUCAAAAGCAAUAUAAACUCCAAAAAAUCCACUAGAAAGACUCUGCAAAAAGAUGCAGAUGAAGAAGACUCCGAUGAGGAGAUCCAUCACCCCGAGAGGAGUGAGCAGGAAGAAGAGCUUGAGGAUGACCCUGGUGUGGUCAAGGACUACAAAGACCUGGAGAAAGUGGUCCAGUCUUUCCGGUACGAUGUCAUCCUGAAGACAGGCCUUGAUAUUGGGAGAAACAAAGUAGAAGAUGCAUUCUACAAAGGUGAACUCAGACUGAAUGGAGAAAAAUUAUGGAAGAAGAGCAGAACGGUGAAGGUGGGAGAUACACUGGAUCUCCUCAUUGGAGAGAACAAAGAGACGGGGACAGAAGUGGUGAUGCGGAUUCUCCUGAAAGCCGUCUAUGAUGAGAAGACGGAAAGCGACAAGCACCGAGUGCUGUUGCGACGGUGGAAGAACUUAAAGCUGCCAAAGACUAAAUGACCACGCCGUCUCCCCACGGCUGCUUCCUGCUGUCAGAGGGGCCACCGUGCAAAGAGGGCGUUUUUACUGAAAUAAAGUUCUGUCAUUUGUGGGA